CACGUAUGAUAUAUCUUUUAUUAUUAUAUUGAAUUUUAUUCAUUACAGGUUUGCUAUGGUUACGAGAAGCUAAAUAAUGAUCUGCAGAUUGUUGUGGAAUUAGGCUGUAUGGAUUCUCAGCAAUGUUCGAAUUUGAUGUCACCUGCAAAUCACCCAUUCAACCAGUUUGGUAGAAAACGAGACUUUGGUUUGAUUGGUGGAUGUUGUACUGGUGACCGCUGUAAUAUUCAUCCAAACGGGGUUCCAGUCGUAACUACAACACCUCUACCUACUUCAGCGAUUCCUACCACUACUGUUACAGUGCCCAAUCAUACAGUUCCUGUUAAUAACUGUACGAGCUAUGUCUAUCGGGACUGUCCUCCAAGUUUUGUUCCACAUGGGCAUUUCUGUUAUAACAUAGGAAAUCAGACUGUUAACAAACAACAAGCUGAGGAUUAUUGCCAUCAGCGAUGUGCUAGUUUAGUCAAAUUCUCGGAUAAAACAGAGAUUUUACAAGUAUUCUCAUAUUUCCAGCAUAAAAAUCAUGAGGCGUUCACGUCACUUACAAGAGAUAUAAAGCACCAGUAUUGGUACUGGGAAAGCGAUGACACUAUAGUGUCCAGUCAGCUGUUGGAGAAUGAUUUCCAGUUAACACAGGACUCGUGUGCUGUUGCCUACAUUACGUUUUCUGUUGGUAUACAUUCACAUUCAGUCUAUACCUAUGGACUAAGUCCAGUAUCGUGUACACAUAAUGCAGUUCCAAUGUGUUAUAUCCGGAGGUCCACAUAGUGUCCUUUUGAACUUCACUUGUUAGCGUAC